CGGAGGCUGAGGCUGUGGGGCCGGCGGCGGAGGCGAGGGCCAUGGGGCAGUGCGGCAUCACCUCUUCCAAGACGGUCCUCGUCUUCCUCAACCUCAUUUUCUGGGCGGCGGCAGGCAUCUUGUGCUAUGUGGGCGCCUACGUUUUCAUCACAUAUGAUGACUACGAUCACUUCUUUGAAGAUGUUUAUACACUCAUCCCUGCAGUGGUUAUCAUAGCAGUGGGCGCACUUCUCUUCAUCAUUGGUCUGAUUGGCUGCUGCGCCACAAUCCGGGAAAGCCGCUGUGGUCUUGCUACGUUCGUGAUCAUCCUCCUGUUAGUUUUUAUCACUGAAGUUGUGGUAGUAGUCCUGGGUUAUAUCUACAGAGCAAAGGUGGAGUUCGAAGUUGACCACAGUAUUAAGAAAGUGUAUGACACAUACAAUGGAACUAACCCGGAUGCUGCCAGCCGUGCGAUUGAUUAUGUUCAGAGGCAGUUGCACUGCUGUGGCAUCCACAACUACAGCGACUGGGAGACAACAAACUGGUUCAGAGAAACAAAAAACCACAGCGUGCCCCUCAGCUGCUGUAAAGCCACCAUCAGCAAUUGUACUGGAAGUUUGACUCGUCCCGGCGACCUUUAUGCUGAGGGAUGUGAAGCUUUGGUUGUAAAGAAACUACAAGAGAUCAUGAUGUAUGUCAUCUGGGCAGCCCUAGCAUUUGCUGCCAUUCAGCUGCUGGGUAUGCUUUGUGCCUGCAUUGUGCUCUGUAGGAGGAGUCGGGAUCCUGCCUACGAGCUGCUCAUCACCGGAGGAACCUACGCGUAGAAGAAGCUGCAAACCUAAGCUUGAGCUCCUAUUUUCUCUGCACGGAAGGUGACUUGGCUGGGUCAAUGGCAGCCAUUGUCUGGGUAGCUUUCACCUACAAAAAAAACACACCUUACAAAAACCUGGAACAGUUAAUGCAUACACUGGUGACAGGCAGUGUCUUUGCUUGUAAUCCCCCAUAUUACUGUGAAACAAACACACACACACAAAUAUUUUAACCAGAUUUCCACAUAUCUGUACUUUUUAGUAACCGAAUAAAUAGUAUUUUUGGAACCAUAUUCCUCCCUUCACAAAAAGGCAGUCUGCCACAAAUAUUGGAGGAGUAACUGAAGUCAGUAAAUUUCAAAUGUGUCGAUUUGAUUCUUGCAUGUGGCAUUUUGCAGAUCUUCUCCUCAUACAGGCCUGUUGUAUGAAUGAAGUCAGCAACCUCUGCAAGACUGUUUUUUUACCCCUUAGUUUUGGGGGCAGGGUGGGUGGGGAUUGUGACUUGCCUCUCACCAGUGCUUAUCUUUUUUUUUUUUUUACAAAAAGGAAAACAAAAAGGCAUUAAGUCAACUCCAGAACACUACAGAAUUACUACUAACCAAAAUUUUAGAAUCACGUGAGUGCAUCUUUUGACCUUCUUAAAUUCAAAUGAACAAAUCUUCCAGACUUUUAGUGUGUUAAAAGUACAGGCUGGCUUUUCAGGAGUAUAAUGUAUGCACUACUGUUCUAUAAUGAAUAUUUUCUUUUCUUUUUUUUUUUCUAAGAAGAUACUGUUUAUGUGUUGAGUGAAUUGUUAUCAUAGAGUAGCAAAAUAGUAUGUGUCAGUGAGGUGUAAAUAGGAAACCUAAUAAAAUAAAUCUUCUGUACAUCUCCCUCCAAA